AUGUUUGAUGGUUCUGAUGAUUUUGGUGACCGUGGCUUCAAGAAACAAUUGUUUUCCAGUGUAAUAUCCGAUUCAAGCGGAUACACCUCCGAUAACUACAAUGCAGACAGUUCCUUUGGAUACGGUAGCGAUAUGACGGGAUUUAUACCCGAAAAAACGUCCAAACUAUGGAAUCAUAUCAAUUCCAGGCCAUAUACAAUUGACUCAAGGACCCAUUUUAACGAAUCGAGCACACUAGUAAAUGAUCCUACCAGAAUAUAUAACUUAUCUAGAGUUAAAAUAGAUGAAGAUCAAGAUAAAAUAGAAGUAAUAAGCGAUGUGUUCUCAGAACACGAUGAUGCCUUGAAUCGAAUGGCCACACUUAAUCGUCCAGGCAGUAACACAUUGGGUAGUUCUGCAAACAAAACGACUAAUGCAGCCACAAAAACAGGCUCUGCCACAACGCAAAUUACGAGUAAAGUGGGCGUGAGUAGUAAAAUUGGUGCCGGAAUGGCAAGUAACGCAAAUGUGCAACACACCGACUCGAACGAGGCAGAGCGUAAUUUGACAGAGGACCAGGUCGCAAACGCAAAUUUAGAGUAUCCAGAACCUAGCACAAGUUACAUGGAAUCCAGUUAUAUGUCGGACAAUUACAUGGAGUCCAGUAUUGAGCCGAAUUACAUCGCCGAAACGGCUAGUAAGCCACAAUCGGACUUACACUCAGUUACAACCUCAGAUAGUGUAAAGUAUCCACCAGUAAACGUCGUGAAUAAUCCUCUAAUUGCGAACCUUAACACACAGAACACGACAGCAAAUGCAGCACCCGUUUCCCUGUUCCCACAGGUUAACUCAAUGCACAUAACCCCAAUGGAGAAUAUGUACGCCGCAGAAAGGGCCGGCGUUCCUGACAGUUCGAACGCACCCAACGUGAUUAAGCACAGAGUUGUGGACUCGGUACAUAGCACAGAAGGGGGCAUGGGCGGCUUCUCUGACAACAAUCCGUUUGAGUCGAACAUCAUUAACGCAAUAAAUCGCAACUCAAUGCAACCCAACGCUCACGUGCCAGGACACCAGAUGGGCGGAACGCAGAUGCCAGUAGGUGCCGCCCAUUCGGGGGAUGGCAUGGCGGGACCCAGUAACGCGUACACCACAAACAGCGGCUUCAACAGGACCACGGCCACUGAGGGCUUUAAUAGAGGAGGAAACGCAGGAAUAUACGGGAGGUCAGGAGCAAGCGUGGGACACAGUACAUACGUAAGGCAGCCAAACAUGGCGCCAAACAUGCCAGGACAAGGCAGAGGAUUUAACGCACACCCAGGCACGUACCAGGGGGACAUGAUGAGCUACACGAACUACCUGGACUAUAACCCGUUCUCAGUGUUCACACUGAACAGUAACACGAUGGCGAGCAGCGCACAGACAAUGAUGAGCGACAACGAGCUGAAGAAGCUGAAGUCGAUAAUAUUUAACAACUCCCACGGCGAGGAGACGAUGGUGAAGUACUUCACGGAGGCGAUCUGCAUAACGAACAGCCAGACGAUGUCGCAGAUCAUCAAGUUCUUCGUCGGGCUCAUAUCAGAUAACCACAAGAUAAGGCAGUUUGUAGUGCGCCUGCUGCUGUGCGCACUGUCCUUUCACCCGGAGGAGUUCGUUAACGCCUUUAAGGUGGAGUACCUGACGGCGCUCUUCACGCCGCAAAUCGAAGACUCGAUCGGAGUGCACUUCCUGAAGCUGUUGCUCUCAUACAAGUCGACCUUCCACUCGGUGACUGAGCCGAACAACAACGUGCCAGUGUCAGUGAAUUCAGACGGAUAUUUGGUGUACCCACCCUUGGAAGGAACGAGCGCAAGCGCGAAAUACAAGGACGGAAAGCUGGAGACGCUGUACAUGUUGAAGAUACUGAUGGACCGGAACAAGGUGACGAGCGUAUAUGACCUGCCGAACAGCACACUCAGAGAACAGAUGUGCCUAAUCUGGUACGAAAUGCCCAACACCAUCCCGAACGUUAACGUGAUAGAGGUCCUGCUGCACUGGAUCAACUCGAAGGAGGAUCUGGAGACGAAGAAGUACCCUUUCCUGCUCCUGGAGAAGAUCAGAGACCUGAAUCAGUACCCGAGGGGGCACGUCCUGCUGCUAUCGCAAUUCUUCCUCUUCACGCUGAAGCACAGGGCAAACAUACACCACCACCUGGAAUACCUGAUAACGCUGGCGUCAAGCCGCCCCAGCGAGGACGCCUUGAACUACAAGAUGGGGAGCAAUAGAAUUAUGAGCAGCAGGUACGACAGCAACAUGUAUUCAGAUGUGACGGGGGAGGCUUCGGAGGAGAUAUUGGGGCAGAUCCUGUUUAAAAUCAUGUUCACCUUUAACGAAAAGGACCUGCUGGACCUGUGGUGCCUGCUCUGCGUGGUGCCCUGGAGAGUGACGAGUCCAACGUCGGCCUUUUCGAACCUGUUCUCGACGACGCUGAUUACAAUACUAAAGGUGACGUCGUUGGGCUCAAGCGGAGGGGCCGCCAAUGGACCAGACGGGAAGGUUAGACUGGAUAUACUGGAAAAUUGCCUGAGAAUAGCGCUGGUCAGGUGCUCGUGUCCAGUCAACUCGCUGAACUCGCUGCUGCAGACGACGCUGAUUCUGAACCCGAGCUGCGUAACGACGAGUGCGCCGGAAGGCGCAGGAGAAGGAGGCGACCUGGGCGUGAAUACAGGAAACAUAGUGAUAUCGUGCCUGAAGAAGAACGGAAUGAUACUGAACAGCCUCUGCACGUUCCUCUGGAAGUGCCACUUCCUGUGGACGAGGAUCAAGGAGGGAGUGAACAUCGAGAUAGUAAUAGUGGUCACGGAGCUCUACAAAAUACUCUCAAACUACACGACGACGAAGCCUCUAGACACGAACCACGAGUACAACUUGGAUAGUAACAAGAUAUACAGCUUCUUCAGCAGUCACUCAGGCCACGGACUCUGGAGUAAGAUCACGAACUUCAUACCGCAAAUUAACCUGGACCACUACGUUGAGCACCUUAGCAGACAGCCCAGCUACGGAGACCAGAGCUACAUGAACACCAGAGGAGCGCCGACCUGGGACAACAGAGGAACAAACAGAACGAGCUACCCCUUCACAGAAAGGGAGCCGCAGCUCGAUAAGCAUCAGGUCAUCGGACUGAAAAACCUGGGCAACAGCUGCUACAUGAACAGUCUGCUGCAGAGCCUCUACCACACGAGGCUCUUCUACGCAACGAGGACGCCCAUGCUCACCGCCCUGGCGAACCUGUUCGUGAAGAUGCGGAGCACCAGCAAAAGGUCAGUCUCGCCGAAGAACAUCUUCAAGCUCUUCUCAGACAACCUCUCGAAGUCGCAGCAGGACGUCACGGAGGCAAUCAGGUUCAUCUCGGAGGCGCUCGACCCGGACCUCGAGCUCUGGAAGUCGGUCUUCGCGGGACUCGUGAUACGCAGGAUCAAGUGCAUGCGCUGCGACACCGUCUCAGACAACGAGGAGACCAUGUACGACUUCUCGCUCGCGCUGAACAAGGCGAAGACGGUGCAGCAGAUGCUCGACAACUUCUGCACCGUCGAGACGCUGAGCGGGGAGAACAAGUACUUCUGCCUCGUCUGCAACAGGGACGUGAGGGCGAAGAUGUGGAACGAGAUCGCCUCGCCGCCCUCGCACCUGAUCAUCAUCAUGAACCGCAACCUCUGGUCGUCCAACGAGGCGCACAAGCUCCUCAAGAGGGUCAAGGUCAACUCUGAGCUCGUGGUCACCGGCUUCCACUACAGGCUCUACGGCUGCAUCAUCCACGCGGGCGACUCCGCCGAGUCCGGCCACUACUACUACGUCGGCUGCGACUCCGAGGACGUCUCCGACUGGCACAAGAUUGACGACUCGAGCGUCACGAAGCUGCGCCGUUUUUCCAUGGACGAGAUAUCGCGCGAGUCGAGCACGCACGUGCCCUACGUGCUCUACUACCGGUGUAUACAGGCGCCGCUGACUCCACUGAACUAA